GCCAGAUGUGACCCCACUCUCGUCUUUCACACCAGUACACUGACUGAUUUUUACACCAUUUGAACUUAGUUUUUGUAAUUUGGACAGCUUCUCGGAAGAAAUGGCGACCAGUGAGGACGUGCGGGAAAAUGUGAAGAAAUACUACGGCAAGCGACUGGAGUCCUCGGGUGAUCUGCAGACAGGUGCCGCCUCCUGCGGAUCGUCCUGCAGACCAGCGCCCAGAAGUGUUACCGAAGCUCUGAGUGAGGUUCACCCUGAGGUGACCAAAAGGUUCUUCGGCUGUGGUCUUCCAUUUCCAGCAAAGCUCGAGGGCUGCAGAGUCCUGGACCUCGGCAGUGGCUCCGGCAGAGACUGCUAUGCUUUUAGUAAACUGGUUGGGCCGAAUGGACACGUGACUGGGAUCGACAUGACACAGGAGCUGAUCACAGCAGCUCUUCAGUAUGUUCAGUAUCAUCAAGAUAAGUUUGGCUAUAAGGAGCCCAACGUCACAUUUGUCCAGGGCUACAUGGAGAACCUCAACGAAGCCGGCAUUCAGAGUGACUCCAUGGAUGUAGUGAUAUCCAACUGUGUGAUUUGUCUAUGUGCUGAUAAAAGAGCAGUGCUGCAGCAAGCCUACAACGUCUUAAAGGAGGGAGGUGAGCUUUACUUCAGUGACAUGUUUGCCAGUAAGAUCAUCCCUGAUCACAUGAAGCAAGACGCAGUCCUGUGGGGUGAGGGGAUGGGCGGCUCUCUGUUUUGGCCCAAUCUAAUCUCAUUGGCCCACAGCGUGGGUUUCAGCUCUCCACACCUCGUCUCAGCGAGCCACAUUGUGGUCUACAACAGUGAGCUCAAAGCAAAAGCAGGCGACAUCAGUUAUGCUUCAGGCACUUACAGGCUCUUUAAGCUGCCCAGAAGUCCAGCGAUGUCAAACGCUACUGUGACCUAUAAAGGGACGUUGGCAGAAUUCCCAGAUCAGCUGGACUUUGAUUCCUCCCACUGCUUCAAGAAAGAUGUAUCAGUGCAGGUAAACGGAGAGAUGGCAGCAAUCCUCCAGAGUUCUCGUUUCUCCUCCGACUUUAAAAUCCAGAUGUUGGAUAAACAGGAGUCCAAGUCGGAGACAACGGCAGAGUAUUGCCACCUCAACCCAUUUCUGCUGGCUGACAAACUGGGAUCCUCCGUGAAGCAGUGCUCUAAAACAAGCAAAUGAAGACGCAAGUGACUGAUCUGAAGGCUUAACAGAAAUGUUAUUUUUGAAGUUGGCUUUAUAAAGACAUAAUUUUACUAAUUUAUGGGGAAUCUUGUAGAUAAUCUCACAGAUCGUGGCCAGUGACGUGUCUCCAUAUUUCAUAUUUAGACAUUAAAAUGUAUUUUGUAGAAAACACAAGUAUGUUUCUCUGUAACACUAUCAACUCAGAGUUUUAGCUUCUUUAGGCACAUGUCAUAAUUACCAUGUGAACAACAACAUUUACAGAAGUGGAAAUAAAAAGACUUAAUGACAUAAUAACCCGUGUUUAAUAUUUGAUAUGGAAUUUUACAACAGCAUAAUAAAACGACUGCAUUAUAGGGGAUUUAAACAGCAACAUUCAGGUACUGAAGUGGAUGCAUGACAAGCAGCUGCAGACAGGCUGACAGUGUUAAAUACGAAAUGAUGUAAACAUUCAGGGGUGUUGAAACAGAAAAGUGUCGCACAUGUUUAACAUUUUUACCACCAUAAAGGAGAUCUCUUUAUUUUAAGGAACUAAACCAUGUUUAAAGAUGCCGCACACUUUCUCAUAUCAUAAGGAAUACAUGAGCUACAACUCUGUUGUAUAAUGUAUUAAGGCACUACAGUACAAAUAAAAAAGAGGUCAAAAACAAA